GCAGUAGCACAGUGCUGAUCGGCGGCAACAAACAUUCAACCGGCCAAUCAGGUGCUCGUGGGAACAUUCUCUUGUCCAUCUGAAUUGUGCCGCAGUUCCCACAGUCGUCCAUCACCUCUGAGAGCAUCAAUCGACUCCUUAAACCCUCCUUCGAGCAGCGAUACCCCUUGUCUUCACGAUGGCGCUGAACUGCUUCGCUCCAAAUGUCGAUCCUGAGAUCCGUGAAGCGAACCGAGUCGCACGGAGGGCCAGCAACCAAAUCGAUGCCGAUCUGCGGAAAGAAGCCGAGGAGCAGAUGAAGCUGCCUAUGGUCAAGCUGCUCCUCCUUGGAGCGGGCGAGUCCGGCAAAUCCACCAUUCUCAAGCAGUUCAAGAUCAUCCACGGCGAGGGAUUUUCCGAUAGUGAUGUUGCUCUCUUCAAAGCCGCCAUCCUGGGAAACACAGUCGGAUCGAUGAAGAUCCUGAUUACCGAAAUGGAGCGGCUAGAAAUCCCAUUCGGCUAUGCUGAUGCCAAGUCCCAUGUCAGCGUCAUAAAGGAGGCGCCAUACGUAUACUCGACCUCAGCCGGUCAGGAAAUGAUCUCUCAAGAAAUAUCGACAGCACUCAAGUAUCUCUGGAGCGACUCUGGCGUCCAGGCAUGCUAUGCACGACGCAACGAAUAUCAAAUCAUCGACUCGUGCCAGUACUUUAUGGAGAGUAUCGAUCGAGUCUGUGACACCGCGUUCAAGCCGACUCCCGACGAUAUCCUGCGUGCCCGAAUCAUGACCACCACCGUCACGGAAAACAAAUUCAACAUCGGGGGCAUUCAGUAUCGGAUAUAUGAUGUCGGCGGACAGAGGAACCAGCGAAAAAAAUGGAUUCCCUAUUUUGACGAUGCCCGUGCCAUCAUAUACAUGGCGGCCGUGGGUUCCUACGACCAAGUCAUCUCCGAGGACCGAGAAACCAACCGAAUGGUGGAAGCCAUUCAGCUCUUCCAGAACCUGUGCGACCAAGCAUUGCUUUCCAAUACGUCCUUCAUUAUUUUCCUGAACAAAAUCGACUUGCUGCAAGAAAAGAUAAAGCGCCUUCCUCUGAAAAACUACUUCCCGGACUACCAAGGCAUAGAUAACUGGGAGGAAGUCCUUGUGUACUUUGGCGGGAAGUUGAAGGCCUGCAACACCUCACCGACUCGCAAGGUCUACGUUUACUCGACACUGGCAACCGAUACCAAGCAGGUCACCACCGUCAUCAAGACCGUCACCAAAAUCGUCGCAAAUCUCAACCUGGCGCAGAACGGCCUCUGAUUCAGAAAUCGUGCAGUACCAGUGUAGUCGGGUAACAAUCGGGCAGAGGCAUCUAUGCAAUCGUCGCAAACCAGCC